AUGGAUAUCGACGACAUUCUCCGCCAGGUUGACCCCGUCUCCCACGGCGUCCCAAGUGAGACGCGCGACCUGCAGGCCUUGACGCGUCUCUGGGUCGCUGAGCGCUCAGCGCCAGAGCUGCUCGAAUGGCCCACUGACGGCCUGUUUGAGCGCGUCAAUGCCCGCAUCAAGUCCCAGAUCGAAAAGGUCGAGGACAUGACGGGUGACAUGGACCCCAAGACAAACUUUGCCCUCAUCGUUAUUCAGACAGAGUUGGAGAGGUACAAGUUCCUCGUCAGGAGCUAUCUGCGAGCCCGCAUUGCCAAGAUCGACAAGCACACCCUCCACUACCUCUCAAGCCAGGAACUCAGGGAGAGGCUCUCGCCAACAGAGGUGGCCUACGCGACAAGGCACCAGGCUCUGCUGCACAACCACUAUCUCUCGUCCUUCCUGGCGUCGUUUCCGCAGCAACUGCAGAAUCUCAACGACACCGCUGGCAACAUCAGCAUGAUUGACUCGCCCGACCUGGACACUGCCGUCUUCAUCCGUAUGCUCAAGGAUGGGGAUGUCCAUGGCGAGGGCACCGACGCCGACGUUACUCUUCCUGCAGAGAAUGGCGACAUCCUCAUCCUCAGAUGGUCCAGCGCCAAGCACUUGGUCGAAGCAGGUGACGCCGAGCUUGUGUGA